AUGGCCUCAGUGUGCGAGUCGUCGUAUCCGUCGUAUCCUGCAGCGCUGGGCUUCUGGAAGAGCCUCGACAGGGAGACGUCGAGGGCAUCACGGCGCGUACAGCCGCUGAGCGACAGCACCAACAACGCUCAUCGCACUCACGCCGUCGCGGGAUGCAAGCAAGAUGCGACGGCGUCAGAAACUGGUGCGUGGGAAUGCGCAGCGUGGGAGUCAGGCGCGUCGGAUCGUGCAUCGUUGGAAACUCGUGCGUCGGACCCUGCACCGUGCCACUGUGCCGCUUCGGAUGCGCCGGAAACUGCUGCGCUGGACUCCGCAGCGCCGGAGUCAGCUGCGACGCACUCUGGUGCGCCGGAAUGUGCAGCGCCGGGAUCACCUGCCACGGAAACCGCUGCGACGGAAAUCGCUGCGACGGAACCCGCUGCGACGGAAACCGCUGCGACGGAAACCGCUACGACGGAAACCGCUGCGACGGAACACGCUGCGACGGAACGCGCUGCGACAGAAACUUCAUGGUCGUCACCCCCGUCAGGUGGUGGCAGCAAAGCGGCAGCAACGCAAUAA